AUUGCCCUUCAAGUUCGUUAUCUAACGGUUUCUUUUUCACUUCCCAUUUUGCCCUUCAUCUCUCUUCAUAAGCAAGAACCACUUAGAUCUUCUCUCAUCUUCAACAAAAUCCUGUAAAAAAAUGAUCACCUGGCACGAUCUCUACACCGUUUUGACGGCGGUGAUUCCUCUGUAUGUCGCCAUGAUCUUGGCCUACGGCUCCGUCCGGUGGUGGAAGAUUUUCUCUCCCGAUCAGUGCUCAGGAAUCAACCGUUUCGUCGCCAUCUUCGCCGUCCCUCUUUUGUCCUUCCAUUUCAUUUCUACUAACAAUCCUUACGCCAUGAACUUCCGUUUCAUAGCCGCGGACACUCUGCAGAAAAUUAUCAUGCUGUUUGCGCUAGCGAUUUGGACCAACUUCACAAAAAAUGGCAGCCUUGAAUGGAUGAUUACGAUUUUUUCUCUUUCAACUUUGCCAAACACUCUGGUUAUGGGGAUUCCUCUGCUUAUCGCCAUGUACGGCAAGUACUCCGGGAGUCUAAUGGUGCAGAUUGUGGUUUUACAGUGUAUAAUUUGGUACACUUUACUGUUAUUUCUCUUCGAGUACCGUGGCGCGAGGAUGUUGAUUAUGGAGCAGUUCCCGGAGACCGCCGCGUCGAUAGUUUCGUUCAAAGUUGACUCCGAUGUGGUGUCGCUUGACGGCAGAGACUUCCUGGAGACUGAUGCAGAAAUUGGUGACGAUGGAAAGCUUCAUGUUACAGUGAGGAAAUCUAAUGCUUCGAGAAGGUCUUUAGGACCCUGUUCGCUUCCGGCAUUAACUCCUCGGCCGUCCAAUCUCACUGGCGCCGAAAUUUACAGCUUGAGCUCGUCGAGAAACCAGACUCCGAGAGGCUCCAAUUUCAACCACUCUGAUUUUUACAACAUGAUGGGCGUCCAGGGAUUUCCAGGCGGAAGACUUUCAAAUUUCGGUCCUGCCGAUUUGUACUCUGUGCAAUCCUCCAGAGGGCCUACUCCAAGGCCAUCAAAUUUUGAAGAGAAUUGCGGACAAACAAUUUCUUCUCCUAGAUUCGGAUUUUAUCCGGCUCAAACUGUACCCGCUUCGUACCCAGCUCCGAAUCCCGAGUUCUCUAGCUCAAUUUCUAAAGCUACAAAAACUAUUCAGAACCAGAACCAGAAUCAGAAUCCGAAUCAGCAACAACAGCAAAUGAAUUUGAGCAAUAAAACAAACCAUGACGCCAAAGAGCUUCACAUGUUUGUGUGGAGCUCCAGCGCCUCCCCCGUCUCGGAAGUCGCCAGUGGACUUCAUGUUUUUGGUGGGGCGGAUUUCGGAGCUUCCGAGCAAUCUGGACGGUCUGAUCAAGGAGCUAAAGAGAUCAGGAUGUUGGUCACUGAUCAUCCUCAAAAUGGGGAAAACAAAGCCAUUCCGGAUUUCGGUGGUGAAGAUUUCAGCUUUGCUGGAAGAGUACACGAAGAAGAAGAAGAAGAAGAUAAGGAGAAAGAAGGACCCACUGGAUUCAAUAAACUAGGGUCUAGUUCAACCGCGGAGUUGCACCCAAAAGCUGCCGCCGGAGUCCCGGAUGCCGGUGCUGGAAAAAUGAUGCCUCCGGCGAGCGUUAUGACACGUCUGAUCUUGAUCAUGGUGUGGCGAAAACUAAUCCGCAAUCCCAACACAUACUCUAGUCUCAUUGGAGUGGUUUGGUCUCUUAUCGCUUUCAGGUGGCAUGUGUCAAUGCCUAAAAUAAUACAGCAGUCAAUCUCAAUUCUGUCGGAUGCGGGUCUCGGAAUGGCUAUGUUCAGCUUAGGUUUGUUUAUGGCUCUCCAACCCAAAAUCAUAGCUUGUGGCAACUCAGUUGCAACAUUCGCCAUGGCCAUUAGAUUCCUCACCGGCCCCGCCGUAAUGGCCGCAGCUUCCAUUGCCGUCGGCCUCCGUGGUAACCUCCUUCGCGUUGCAAUCGUCCAGGCCGCACUGCCACAAGGAAUUGUCCCGUUUGUAUUUGCGAAAGAGUACAAUGUACAUCCGGCCAUUCUUAGUACUGCGGUCAUAUUUGGAAUGUUGAUAGCAUUACCAAUUACUCUGGUCUACUACAUCCUACUGGGAUUGUGAGAUAAAACUUUCUGAAUGCAAGAGAGGACUUAGAAGGGAAUAUUCAUGGCUUGGGUUGGGAAGCAAUGAUUGGGUAGCUAGAAAAUCAACCGGGAUUUUGUUGAAAUCACAUGAAGAUUUUCCGGGAAAGUAGAAGAGUGAAGAAUUAAGCUAAGCUCCAAAAUAAUUGGAGCUUUAGAAGAAUUAAAGCCUUGAUAUGAGGAUCAUGCCCCCACUAGAAGCCAAAGUUGUCACCAAUUUCAGGAGUCUAUAUUUUUUAGUGGAACAAAGCAAGAACAAGGAAGAAGAAGGAGACAUUUAAGAGGGAAAAAAGGAAGCUGGUGGUUAGUGAUUAUAAUUAAUCAUAAUUAAUUAAGAAGAGGAUGAAUGAGAUUAAGAAGAGGAAUGGGAAGAAGGUUUUUUCUUUUUUUUUUUUUGGUUUUAUUUUUGUUGUUUUUUAUGCUUUUGUUGUUAGUGUUGGCAUUUGAUUGUACUAAGAUCCAGCAAUUAUUUGCCUUUGUCGUUUUUGCUUUGAUAAACUUUGAGGCAAAGAAAUCAAAAAAAAAUUAAAGGGAAAAAAAGGCUAGAAUGAAAUGAUGUUUGAAAGAAA